AUGAUUGAGUGAUCAAAUGAUUGUCGCUACUAAAUCAGUCCUACUGUAAGGAGCAAUCACCACUUCACUCUGGGCUCCGUGAAGCUGUGAGAAUCAAUGGCGAGCAGCGCCGCUAACAGCAGAGGAGGAGAAGAGGAAGAAGUGCGGCGGCUGGCGGCGGAGCAUGGCAAAACCCUUAAAGAAGGCGAGCGAAUCCUCGCCCCAACCCGGCGACCCGACGGGACUUCCCGCAAGCCUAUCCGGAUUAGGGCUGGCUAUAUUCCCCAGGAGGAAGUCGCCGUUUACCAAUCCAAAGGCGCCCUAUGGAGGAAGGAAAUGGCGGCAUUGCAGGAGGUGCCGCCGGGAUAUGAUCCGGCGAGUGAUGUUCCGAAAACCAAGUCGAAAUCAGCUAUGAGGAACGAAAGGAAGAAAGAAAAGCGCCUGCAGGCUGCACUUGAAAAGGGCAAAGAUCCAGAAAAUGCUGACAUUUCUUCUGAUGAAACACCAAAUCAUCUGUCAAACCAAGUGGAAUCGGUUGCGUCUCAGAUAAAUGAGCUCACAAUGGGAACUGAACUUCAGGAUGUUGAUAAAAAAAUUCGAGCGCUUAAGAAAAAGAUUCGGCUGACAGAAGCACAACAGCAGAAAACCAAGGAAAAGGAUAUGAAGCCAGAACAGCUUGAGAAGGUAGCUAAAUUGGAAGAUUGGCACAAAGAAUUAAAGUUGUUGGAGGAUAAAAGGACUCAACUUGCAGAAUCAGCAUCAUGAAUCUAUAAGUUGUACUAUAGGGUGAAGGAACUAUGUAUUCUUAUUAUUAUUGAUACAUUAUGUAUCCCAACUUACGCUAAACUAAUCCUAAGCCUUAAGAGCUCCUGUCCAAGAGCCGUUGGAAGAGGUAAAUAACGAGUGGCCCCGUCAAUCCCCAAGUUCUCACCCCUGCCGUUACACUAUGUAUCUUUAUUUAACAUUACUUUAUAGCAUACCCUGAUUUCUUUUGCUGAAGGA